GUUUUAGGUAAACUGCCCAGUCAUGGACAUGAGGGUGGUAUACAAUGGACACCAUUUAAUUUGGAUUGUAUACAAUUCAAAGAUAUCAGUUGGAAAAUCAAAUCAUUUACACCUAAAGUUGACAACACUGACCCAAGAUUUAGUGGGCUUGAUUAUGAAGCUAUUCUUUUGAAACCAGCAAAUCUUUUGGACUCAAAGAGUUCAUUGCCAAUGAUUGUAUGGCCACAUGGUGGACCACAUAGUGCAUUAGUUGCUGAGUUUCUAUUAUUCCCUGUGGCUCUGUGCAGACUUGGUUUUGCAGUACUAUUAGUGAAUUACCGUGGGUCAUUAGGUUUUGGUCAAGCAAAUGUAUUUUCUCUGCCCAGCAAUGUUGGCUGCCAAGACGUGUAUGAUGUACAGAAUGCUGUUGAAACUGUUCUAGAGGAAGAACAAGUCGAUAAAGACAGGCUGGUUUUAUGUGGAGGAUCACACGGUGGAUUUUUAGUAGCACAUCUUAUUGGUCAAUUCCCA